UAUCUUCUUCUUUCAAAAUUCAAACCCAUCUCUCUCUCUGUUAUCAAGAAAUUCUUCUUCUCCCUCCUUUUUAGAUCUCAAGUUCAGCUUGCUCACUAUCUUACAAACAUAAACGCACUUUCACUACUACUUAAUGGACUCACCCAGAAUGAAUUUUGAAACUUCUUUUGAGUAUUCAUCUUCUUCAUCAUCAUUUACAGACCUAUAUUCAUCUUCAGACUUGGAUGAAAGUUUCCAGAAUCCGGUAUCUGAACAGCAAUUAGUGUCACACAAGAAAAGGGCAGGAAGAAAGAAAUUUAAUGAAACUAGACACCCAACUUACAGAGGAGUAAGAGCAAGGAAAAAUGAUAAAUGGGUUUGUGAAGUUAGAGAACCCAAUAGUAAAUCAAGAAUUUGGCUAGGUACUCACUCUACUCCUGAAAUGGCGGCUAGAGCUUAUGAUGUUGCUGCUUUAGCUCUUCGAGGGAAUUUGGCUCCACUAAAUUUCGAAGAUUCUUUGUGGCUCUUAACUCGUGCUAAAUCAUCUUCGGUGAAGGAUAUUCAAACUGCUGCUGCCGAAGCCGCUCAGGCUUUCCCUCUCCGUAGUUAUACAGAACCAUCAUCGAUUAGAAAAAGAUCAUCACAAUCUGUUACUUCUAGACUAUCGAGAAUGGUUGAACACGCUGAGAAAAUUUCUAAUAGUUUACUGACUCCGGCAAUGUUUUACGACGAUGAAGCCUUGUAUUAUAUGCCAGCACUAAUUGCCAGCAUGGCAGAAGGGAUGUUACUAGAUCCACCUCAAGAGAGUUACUAUUUUGGUGACGUGGAUUGCAAUGUGAACCGCAGUUUGUGGAGUGACUUAAGUGAUUAGGAUUUUGUUAAUUUUUUAUUUUAUUGAAACUCGUGGUCCACGACCCA